AGAGUUUCCUGCAUAGGAACUGGAGUUUCUGAACAGACAUGUAUCUAGUCACUUGCUCAAGCACAAGCAAACCUGCCACACAGGAGAACCGAGAAAAUCACCGCAUGCCAAGAUUUUGAGCAGCAGUGGUCAGCGAGUGUACACCAUUGUUUUUGGCUGUCACAAUGUUGCAGGAAAGCAAUUCAACCAACAAUGAGUCUUGUCAGAUUCAUGACGGUGUAUUGUGGCCCUUCUUGCCCAUUGGAUACAUUCUCAUCUGUUGCAUCGGACUGUUCUGUAACACCGUCACCCUCUACAUAUUUUUCCUUCGGCGGCACACAGACUCUUCCAUGGCCAUCUACAUGCGGCACCUUGCCCUGGCAGACACCCUCCUGGUCAUGUGUUUGCCCCUGCGAGUUUACUACCACAACAGAGAAGGUCCCUUCUACUUGUGCAAGGUGGUGGGCAUCUUUUUCUACAUCAACAUGUAUUCCAGCAUCCUGUUCCUCAGCCUCAUCAGUCUGGAUCGAUAUUUGAAAAUCAUCAAACCUGUUUGGGUCUUUCGAAUCCAAAAGACAAAGUGGAGCCACACGGCAAGCUACAUCAUCUGGGUCAUCCUUUUUUCAGGAACGCUUCCCUUUUUUUCAAGCAACAAUCAAAAUCAUCCGUGUGACAAGAUUUGCUUCCACUUCCACAGCAAAGGACUUGUCGGUGGUACCAUUAACCUGACAACAGUGGUGCUCUUUCUUGUUUUUUACGUUGCCUUUCUUUGCUUUUAUGUGAAGAUCACUAAGAAACUCCAGACUAUGUCCAUGGGCAAUGGUGACCCUAAAGCACAGAGCCGCAAAAAGAAAGUCAUCAUAAAGAUUUUCUUAGUGCCAGCCAUUUUUACACUGUGUUUCUUGCCCUACCAUGCAGUACGAAUACCAUACGUUCUGGCUCAGCUGAAUAUGAUCAGAGACCUUCAUAGCAAACAAUUGUUGCACAUCUUAAAUGAGAGUACCUUGCUUUUGUCUGCUCUAAACAGCUGCCUAGACCCAAUUAUCUAUUACUUCUUAUCCAGUGCUUACAGGAAAACAAUAUUGUGUGCCAUUCAGGGCAAGUUUAAAAACAUGUAUGCUUUAAACAGAAGGAGAAUCAGCAUAAACCGCUCACUCACUGAAAUUUAGCAUUAAUGGAUGACAUUUCCAUUUCUGACUUCUACACAAAUCAAAUUUUGUUAAAUUCAACCAAAUUGGAAAUAUCUAAAUCUAGAUGCACCGUGUUUUUUUUAAAUUCACCACAUUGUAAAUAUUUAGUUUUACUAUUAUUUUUCACUAUUAUUCUAAAAGUGAAUAACAAUCAAGUAUUAUAAGUUGUGUUCAAUCCGCUGAAUGGCAUUUUAAGUGUAUAUACAGUAAGUCUUUUUUUAAAGGUUUUUCUGUAAAUAAUGAAUAUGUAGCUGGAUUUUUUCUAAAGCGGUAGUUGCCAAAUUAUUUUCCUUGGUAUAAAUUUUGUGGUGGUGCCAAAAACAGUAUCAAGAUGAUGGUUAAUGCUAAAUCAAACAUGCAUGUGUAUCACUAUGAAAUUGUGAUAAAGUAAAGAUUGUGUAAUUUCAUGAUAAAGGCUGAAUAUAAAAAUGAA